AUGGUCCCUUUAAGUAACAAUGAAGUAGAGUAUGAGGCUUCGAUUGGAGGACUCGAACUGGCCCGGGGACUAGAUUCCAAGGUCAUAGAAUUCAAGUUCGACUCACAGCUGGUGGAAGCAGGUUCUUAUCAGAAGAUUGGCGAGCGCGAAGUGGUAGAUUUCUUGUGGGGAAAAAUAAUCUGCAAGUUCGGAAUAUCAAAAGAGAUAGCAUGCGAUAAUGGGCCGCAAUUUAUUGGAGCAAAGAUCACAAAGUUCCUUGAAGAUUUGAAAUUAAAGAGGAUCACAUCUUCAUCCUACCAUCCGAGCACAAAUGGUCAAGCAAAGUCAACGAACAAAGUGAUUAUACAAAACCUAAAGAAAAUAUUGGAAGUGGCUAAAGGUAAAUGGCCUGAGGAACUACCCGGAGUUUUAUGGGCAUACCGAACAACGGCCAAAUCAAGCACAGCAGAAACUCCUUUUUCCCUUGUGUACGGAGCAGAAGCCUUAAUCCCGAUAGAAGUAGGGGUGCCCACCUUGAGAUAUUACCAAGCCAAUGAAGAAUUAAACAACUAA